CCGCCACCACCACCAUCCCUGCUUGCUAGCUACCCGCUGCUGCCGUGCCGUGCCGAGUCUCCUCCUGACUGACUGACUCCUCCCCUGCACUGCACCUGUGUAUAUAUACACGCCCGCCCGCGCCUCCGACUUCAUCGCCGCAACCGCCCGUCUGCUCCUGCUUAGUACAUACAUCCACACUCGCAAGAGAAGGAGAAGAGAUCUCCGCGUCCGCAACCGCAUCGCUUCCCUCCCGGCGCAAGAAGAAGAUUCGGUUGGAUUGUUUGUCUCUUGCAAACUGCAAUGGCUGCUGCUGCCACUGCUACUCCGUCCGUGGCGCCGGAGGCCGGCGACCGGAAGGCGGUGGCACCGCCGGUCGACGCGGUGGAUCUGGAUCUGGAGCUGGAGCUGGAGGAGAAGCACGUGCUGGCGGUGGACGACAGCUCCGUGGACCGCGCGGUGAUCGCCAAGAUCCUGCGCAGCUCCAAGUACAGAGUGACGACCGUGGACUCGGCGACGCGCGCGCUGGAGCUGCUGGCGCUGGGGCUGGUCCCCGACGUGAACAUGAUCAUCACGGACUACUGGAUGCCCGGGAUGACCGGGUACGAGCUGCUCAAGCACGUGAAGGAGUCGUCGGCGCUGCGGGCGAUCCCCGUGGUGAUCAUGUCGUCGGAGAACGUGCCCACCCGCAUCAGCCGGUGCCUGGAGGAGGGCGCCGAGGACUUCCUCCUCAAGCCCGUCCGCCCCGCCGACGUCUCCCGCCUCUGCAGCCGGAUCCGGUGACCGCCCGCGCAAGGAUGGAGGAUCUGGUUGCGCGCUCUGACUUAAUUAGAGGAGUUGUUAGGAUCCAAUUUUUUGUGUGUUCGUUCGUUCGUUCGUUCUUUUCUUUCUUUCUUCUUGGACAUAGAUCUGCCGCCGCCGCCGCCGCAGCCGCUGCCGUCGACUGAAACAAGAAGCUAACUUAGUUUUAGGAUCCAGGUUGUUGUUGUUGUUAGGAAGGGGAGUCGUUGGGGGCAUUCACGGAUGUUCUUCUUCGUUUCCCCUCCCUCCGUGCCUGAGGCUGCAAAAAUAUGCCCCCCAGACAUGAAGAAAACAAGACCUGUUAACAAUUCCAA